AAUUCAAAUAAAUUAAUGGAGAAUUAAAUCCUUCAUUGUUUGAUUCAUUAAUUAGUUCAUUGAAGUAGUACGAAAGUAAAAUGUUAUACAUAAUCAAUCGUUAUAAAAUGGUUUUGUGAGUCAAAAACAAAAACUAAUAAUUGUUGAAUUUUCAAACCCUUAUAUAUUUGUUUAAUUAAUUCAAAUAGUACCAAAGCUUGCUUUCCAAGCAAAAUGUUAGAAUCUGUCACUACAAAAAGACUAAGUUUUGCACCAUUUUCUUAUCAUACCUUUUCUCUCAAAAAUGGCAGAUGUAAAGUUACAUGGAGCUUGGGCUAGUCCUUUUAGUUGCAGAGUGGUUUGGGCUCUGAAACUAAAAGGCGUACCAUAUGAAAACAUAGAAGAAGACCUUCCCAAUAACAAGAGCAAGUUGCUAUUACAAUACAAUCCGGUUCAUAAGAAGAUCCCAGUUCUCGUUCAUGGCAGCAAACCCAUUUGUGAGUCCAUGAUCAUCAUUGAAUACAUCGAUGAAACAUGGCUUCAAAACCCUUUGCUUCCUUCUGAUCCCUACCAGAGAGCCCUUGCUCGGUUUUGGGUUAAAUUCGCCGAAGAUAAGAGUUCCGUAGUUUGGACCUUGUUGAGAAGUUCAGGAGAAGAACGAGAAAAAGCAAAGAAUGAGAGCUUGGAAGUUCUGAAAACAAUAGAAGAACAUGGUCUGGGAGACAAAAAGUUUUUUGGAGGAGAAGAAAUUGGAAUAGUGGAUAUCGCUUUUGGUUGGAUGUCUCUGUGGCUUGGCGUUAUUGAAGAAAUAGUAGGUGCGAAAUUGCUUGAAGCUCAUUUAUUUCCUCGUUUAUAUGCAUGGACCAAAAGCUUCAAAGAAGUCCCUGUGAUCAAACAGAACCUUCCUGAUGGCCAUGAAUUGUUGUUGCUUUGCAAGGGUGUGAGGGAAAAAGUCAUUAGGAUCUUCUUCUUCAUCAUGAAUAGAUUAAUAGCUUUUUAAUUUUCUGUGUGGUUUUCCUAAGGUUUUUCUUUUUUUCUUUUUUUUUUGAUGGAUUGUCUAUGUUUAAUAUAUUAUUCGUAUUUGGAUUAUUAUGUCAUGAAAUUUUCUAUCUCAUAUCACGUGGAAUAAAAUAUAAAGAAUAAGAAAAAAAAUCCUUAAACAUUUAAACAAGUGGUUUAGUGUCUAAAUUUGUAUCCAAACAUUCUAAACAUUUCGAAAUCAAUCCCAUCACCCUGUUCCGAGCAUCAGCAACAGCAGCAAUUAGUGGCUAAAACU